AUGCUGGAGGUUAGAUGCAAAUAUGUAGAUCGCUUAAUAAAAACCCUGAUCAUCGUGCUUAAUUCGUGCCAUUUCUCCGCAGUGUCGCUUGCUGCCUCCUGCUGUUCACUUCGCCAUUUAAGAAACCUCCGAGUUUUGAAGAUGGAAAAUACCCAAGAACCAGAGGAAAGUGAGACUAAAGAGAUUCAAGAAACAGAAACCCGUGAGGAGAUGCUUUCAAGACACAGAAAAGAAAUCACCCAAUUACAAAACAAGGAAAUCGCACUAAAGAAAGCAGCAGCUAAAGGCAGUAAAGCUGAGCAAAAAGCUAAAAAGAAACAAGUGGAAGAACAAAUCUCUCAACUCACAAGUGACCUAAAACAAAAACAUUUAGGCGAACUUGCAACUGUAGGCUAUGCUAGUAACACCACAAUCAAGGAGGACAAUAUCGACAUUUUAGCAAAAGCCAUAGCUGGGGUCUCUGUAACCCAACCCGAACAUUCAAAACCCACAAAAAGUGCAAAAAGAAAAGAAAAAAGAGCCCAAGAAGAAGCAGCAAGAGAGCAAAGAAUACAAGAAGAACAAAGCAAUAUUGUGAGUGACAAAAUGGUCGAAAAUGAAAAAUUGGAGAAAAAAGUCAAACCACUUGGUCUUAUAGUCAAUGAAAUAAAACCAGAUGGGCAUUGUUUAUACAGAGCUGUUGAAGAUCAGUUGAAAAUAAAAAGCAAAAGUUCAUCUUUUUACACGUUUCAAGAACUUAGAAAAAUGGUGGCAGAUUAUAUGAGGAAGAAUUCAUCAGAUUUUCUUCCGUUUUUUCUAUCAGAAACAGAAGAAGAUGGAGAUUAUCAUGAAAGAUUUGAGAGUUAUUGUAAUGAAGUGGAGUCAACAGCUGCUUGGGGUGGUCAACUUGAGCUUGGGGCUUUGACUCAUUGUUUAAAGAAACAUAUUAUGAUAUUUUCAGGGUCUUUUCCUGAUGUGGAAAUGGGAAAAGAGUAUAAAUCUGGUGAUUUUUUGGAUUCAAGUAUUGUUUUGUCGUAUCAUAAGCAUGCAUUUGGGCUUGGUGAGCAUUAUAACUCUCUUGUUCCAGUUUGAAGAGCAAUCCGAAAGGGUAAAAAGGUAAUAUAUCAUACUUGAAGUUAUUACUUACUAUUUUUGUUAUGAAAUGGCCAUAUAAACCAUGGUUAAUCUUUUAAACUAGAGUUUUGGUUUGUGCCUUUUUUUUGUAUCAACAAAUAAUAUGAUUGAUGUCACAAAUCUUAGUGCUUUGACUUUGUUUCAAGAAGGUUAUAUGUUGACUGGUCAA